AUGUCUUUGCCAUACGGGCCGCCGCAGCCGGUGUCACCUCUUAUCCGAGGUUUAAGGUUUGCUUUACUGUUAGCCGGUAUCAUUUACGCACGAGGUAAACAAACGCUUUAUAAUUCGAUGGAAGCGUCGCAUCGUGAAGAGGAGGCAAAGAAGAAGAUAAUUCGUGACAAACAGCUUGCAAUAUUGAAAGCUAAAAUUGCUGCAGAAGAAAAAGAAGCCGUGCGCCUAUUCGAAACUGGAAAAUUAUUUGAUCCAGAUGGCGGUGCUGGCAGUACUGGUGGAUCAGGUGGAUCAUGCAAGUGA